AUGAAUUCUCUGUUAUUUAGGCGACUAGCUUUUGAAAAUUCUCGACAAUUCAUCAAAUCUCCCUUGCAGCUGUCACCAUUUAUACAAUGCCGUCGUUCCAUCCAAUCCUCGAAUGAUGAUGGCGAUAAUGAUGACUCGACCUCACGACUAUUCAAAGCUUUAUUUAAGGAUGCCCCGGGAAAUUCAGAAGAUUCAGAACAAAUUCCAAAGAAAGAUGAUCACAAGUCCAUUCUCGAUAACGAUUUUAAAGACAUCUUUUUCAAAAACAUCAACGACACAUCCGGGCAGGUCGAAAAUAAAGAACGCGAUUUCUUCGAUGACUCGGUUAAUAUGCAAAACCUUUUUCUAAGUGAAAAUGAAACUCCCGAUGGCGCUUCCGAUGGAAACUCAUUGAUAGAAAUUGUAGAUGGGGUUAAAGCUCUACCCGACCUGGGCAACUCCGAUGCUAACUCGGGAAUGACGGAUCCCUCCAUUAUUCUUCUAACGAAUAUGAUAAUGAGGAAUGGUAAGAAGGCCCGUGCCCAACGUUAUCUAUCCGAUUGCUGUCUUGAAAUUCGCAAGCAAACCAACAAUAAUCCAUAUGAGAUCGUCAAAAUGGCAAUUGAAAAAGCUUCUCCUUUGGUUGGUCAUUUAAGUCUUAAGAAAGGUUCUAAGGUUAUUCAAAUCCCUUCCCCGCUUAAUGAACGACAAAAACACCACAAAGCUAUUAAAUGGAUAUUAAAGGCUUCCGACAAAAGACCCGGAAAAAAAUUCAGUUAUAGACUAGCUUUGGAAAUUUUAGCCGUCGUCAAUGGUCAAAGCUUGGUAUUACAACAAAAGGACGCGGUACACAAAUUGGCGCUGGCAAAUAGAGCAAACCUACCGGUUAAAUGGUAA